GUGCAUUGUGUACCGUUGCACAUACACACAUACGUGCGACGUACGCGGUGAACGUAACUGACAUCAAGUCGCAAUUAGUUGGUAAACUGGUCGAGCUCGCGCGCGAGUAAAGACGAGAAAGAUAAAGGGAGAGAGAGAGAAAGAGAUCGGCGACGAUCGGUGUGCUGCGCGUAGCCUAGGCCUAGCUUAUCGCGGCGGCGGCGGCGGCGGUGAAUAAUUGAUCCCGACAGUGACCGUGAUACUACGUAGCAGUGGAACACAAUGUCCGUGAUUAUGGAUUGUUAUCGUCAAUAGCGGGCGCUACUCGUUCCCCCUUGCUUUCCGCGCGCAAUCUCGUAUCUCCCGCGAAGGAGCGAGUUGACGUAUACGAUCCUCGUCGAUCGGUGGAGUGUCGCGAGAACCGUCGUAAUAUCGUACAUCGCAGCUCGCGCCUGUUUUCGUACGACGCGCGCGGCCUUUGCCGAAGAUACACAGUGGUAGGAAAAUCCCGAGAAGGAGGCAACAACAAGCGAGCGCCCCUUUGGCUUUUCUCAGAGAGAGAGAGAGAUUGUGCGAUCGUCGUUACCUCUCAUCGCUUACCCCGUUGACUGAGCUUGGACUCGCUCUCCCCCUAAAUCCUUAACUAGCGAUCUGUGAUGUGCAAGCACAGCGACGCCGGGAAGACCACUACGUCGACGAUCAAUCUCGUGCACUCGAAGAGGAAAGGAAUUUUCAUACGCAUAAAAGAGAUGCCCAACGACCUGAUAAGUCUUCGAAGUCGAAGAAGUUAUCUAACGUUUCGCUUGUACUGAACGUACUUGGCCGUGCGACUGAGAAACCAGGUCAAGAUUUGCCUUGAACGGCUCGUACGACAACACAAACAGGCCGCUGAAAUGUCAACGCCGUCGGCGUGAAUGACGGUUGGGCCCGUGUAGGGGUUGCGACGAGCAAACAAUUGGCAGGUACAGAGCAGCUAUCGAGUUUCGCCGUAAUCAGGACGAUCGGUGAACUUCAUCGGCACGAUGAAGCUGCUGGAGAGUACCCGCUUCGAAGCUAUCAACAGUGCCUUGUCCAUCAAGACCGGAGACAGCAAGAUAAUUGGGAGGAUUGAAAGUUACUCUUGCAAGAUGGCAGGCAACGACAAGCAGAUGUAUAAGCGAUUCAACGCGGAGCAGGGGGUGACGCCGCACGAUCUACAAGCUUUAUCACCGCCACAGACAUCCUUGGGAACGUCCCCGGCUCAGGGAUACUUGAGUCGCAGCAUCUCCGGCGACGAAGACGGCCCGUUGUGCGACACUAUCAGCAGGAAGACGUUGUUUUAUUUGAUCGCCACGUUAAAUUCAGCCUUUCAUCCGGACUACGAUUUCUCAGAUGCCAAGAGCCACGAGUUCAGUAAGGAGCCGAGUCUGCAGUGGGUGACGAACGCAGUGGAUGGCAAUCUGAGCGCCACCGCGGGCGAUCACUACCGCACGCUGCGUUCCGCUCUAUGGGCGGCUGUGGACGACGAGAUAUCGUUGCACGAGUGUGAUAUUUACAGUUACAAUCCGGACUUCGCGUCAGAUCCGUUUGGAGAGGACGGCUGCUUGUGGUCCUUCAAUUACUUCUUCUACAACAAAAAGCUGAAGCGCAUCGUUUUUUUCACGUGCAGGGCGAUAAACCCUCUCUAUGUCCUGGACUCCGGGGUUGGCAGUGAUUUCGCCAUGGACGAAGACGAUGAGGACCGAUAUUAAAUUACACACACACACACGCGCGCACAUUGCAAUAUUUGCGAAUCUAUGUCCCGAUUUCCUCGGAUCACGUGAUGGCAAAUGGAUAUCCGUUUAUUCUUGACUGUUACGUAACUUUGAAUCUUGGUACAUGACCUUAUUACUCUGAUCUUUAUAAUAUAUAUAUACACAUAUAAUCAAAUUGGUCUGAUAUUCCUUUAGAAUUUCUUUGUUUUGUCUCAAAUUACUAAUAGUCACUUACUACGUGAGAAUCCUCUGAAAGGAUGCAAAUCUUACUUCUGUAGAUACUUAAGUGCUGUCGAAUUUUUCAAUAUACCUGUAACGUCUUUUAAAAUAAACGUUCAUUUUUCUGAAAGAAAUUCUAUCCAAUUACACUUGCAUAUGUAUACACACACACACACACACACACACAUUUAUACGCGUACACUGCAUAUUACAUUUACGGAAAUCUUAUAAAUUACUUAGAAUAAAACGUAAAGAUUUUUCUGUUAUUUUGCGAAGCAAUUAAUUACGUUAUAAUAACAACGUAAUGUUUAAGAAUGUAUUUUGAGGGCGAAUUGUACGUAAUAAAACUCAAUACUGUUAUGUAAGUAUAAA